AUGAUUACAUCCAACUAUCUCGUGGAACAAUUUACAUCUCCUGCAUCCGGAAUUGCGCGAAGGACUAGGACGAGGACCAAAACUGGUCCGCCUGGCAACACACUUACAGGUUCAGGGAGGGUCUCGAGUACAGAAUCUUCGGCUUUGAUACCCAAACUCGCCAAGCGUGGAUCGGAGACCCAGCGAGUGCCCUCUAGCAUACCUCAAACACAAACACAAAAGGCUCUUUCGAAGCGAACUCCUGGUGUUGGUGAUUUCCUGAAAGUACCUGAACAGCCCUUGAACUCCUCAUUCAAGUCGCGUGUUGUGGAUAGGGAGAAGAAGCCUCAUCGUUUUCAAGCCGAAGCCUCGAAGGAGAAUGUGAUUGGGGAUAAACUGAAGAAGGGGGAUGGCGUUAAAGGCGAAAAGGGCACCAAGACUCGAGAGCUUCCGGUACCCGCAACAUCUACCAUAAGUCAAAAUCUGACGCUUCCUGGCUCUUUUGCUCCACUUGACGUCAAACCUUUGAAGAUCGCUAAGUGGCCUGGUUCAAGGUCAACAAUAACCUCACUUCAACCUGGCUUUUCAUCGGAAGUAUCCACGUACCACGCAUCCUCUUCAAAGACGAGGGUUCUCUCCGAACGAGAUAAAAAUCUCCCUCAAACCCCUCCUAUAGACGCUGGCAAUAUCUCUCCAAAACUCAAGGAACACACUAGAUCCCCCACGACUACGCCUUCGUCUACUGCUCAUGGUCUACCCAAAGGUUUUACUUCUAUUGCUACCACACACACGGUGGCACCUCCUAUCCCUGUCUCUACUCGUGUUCCUCCUCACCACAAAUCUUCAAGUCUCGGUGGUAUAUUCCAUCGUCGCUCUUUUUGGCCUAGGGAAGUAGCAGAUCUCGCUAGCACAAAACGUCGAAACAGACACGCUACGGCUUGUUCACUCGAUGUGAUCACGACCACCACCGAACAGCCCAAUAAAAGACGCGCUAUCUAUUCUCCUCCUUCUGCUCCUUCUGCGUUGACUCCGGGAGUCAGUAAUACCGAUGGAUUUGAAUCGAUCGUUCGUGCAUACCGUAAUUCUAUCAAGCUUUCCCCGUUGACUGUAGUGCCGUUGGCUUUGGUGACAAGCAGGACACGAACGGAUACAGAAGGAGAAAUGGCAUAUCAUCCGAUUGUGAAAGAGUUACUGAACGAGGUUGAUGAGGCUCUGCGGUCCUGGAAUCCAAUGAGGUAG